GAAUUAGUCGCUAAAGAUACCAAUGAGGGCGCAGGAGCCGCGGAGCGUGAGCCAAUAGGCGCUAGAGACCUGGUCAGGUGGUGAGAUGGACAACGAUGCCAGCCAAUGAGGGAGAACGAGGGCGGGUCUAUCGCGGGGCUUAUCCCGCCCGUCCCGCCAUUCUCGCUAGUUCGAUCGGUAGCGGGAGCGGAGAGCGGACCCCAGAGAGCCCUGAGAGCCCCACCGCCGCCGCCGGCCUAGUCACCAUCACACCCGGGAGGAGCCGCAGCCGUCGCCGCCGGCCCCAGUCACCAUCACCGCAACCAUGAGCAGCGAGGCCGAGACCCAGCAGCCGCCCGCCGCCCCCGCCGCCGCCCUCAGCGCCGCCGACACCAAGCCCGGCUCCACGGGCAGCGGCGCGGGUAGUGGCGGCCCGGGCGGCCUCACAUCGGCGGCGCCCGCCGGCGGGGACAAGAAGGUCAUCGCAACGAAGGUUUUGGGAACAGUCAAAUGGUUCAAUGUAAGGAACGGAUACGGUUUCAUCAACAGGAAUGACACCAAGGAAGACGUAUUUGUACACCAGACUGCCAUAAAGAAGAAUAACCCCAGGAAGUACCUUCGCAGUGUAGGCGAUGGAGAGACUGUGGAGUUUGAUGUUGUUGAAGGAGAAAAGGGUGCGGAGGCAGCAAAUGUUACAGGCCCUGGUGGAGUUCCAGUUCAAGGCAGUAAAUACGCAGCAGACCGUAACCAUUAUAGACGCUAUCCACGUCGUAGGGGUCCUCCGCGCAAUUACCAGCAAAAUUACCAGAAUAGUGAGAGUGGGGAAAAGAACGAGGGAUCGGAAAGCGCUCCUGAAGGCCAGGCCCAACAACGCCGGCCCUAUCGCAGGCGAAGGUUCCCACCUUACUACAUGCGGAGACCCUAUGCGCGUCGACCACAGUAUUCCAACCCCCCUGUGCAAGGAGAAGUGAUGGAGGGUGCUGACAACCAGGGUGCAGGAGAGCAAGGUAGACCAGUGAGACAGAAUAUGUAUCGGGGUUACAGACCACGAUUCCGAAGCAUUCAUUUCAGGGGCCCUCCUCGCCAAAGACAGCCUAGAGAGGAUGGCAAUGAAGAGGACAAAGAAAACCAAGGAGAUGAUACCCAAGGUCAGCAGCCACCUCAACGUCGGUAUCGCCGCAACUUCAAUUACCGACGCAGACGCCCAGAGAACCCUAAACCACAAGAUGGCAAAGAGACAAAAGCAGCCGAUCCACCAGCUGAGAAUUCGUCCGCUCCCGAGGCUGAGCAGGGCGGGGCUGAGUAAAUGCCGGCUUACCAUCUCUACCAUCAUCCGGUUUGGUCAUCCAACAAGAAGAAAUGAAUAUGAAAUUCCAGCAAUAAGAAAUGAACGAAGAUUGGAGCUGAAGACCUUAAGUGCUUGCUUUUUGCCCGCUGACCAGAUAACAUUAGAACUAUCUGCAUUAUCUAUGCAGCAUGGGGUUUUUAUUAUUUUUACCUAAAGAUGUCUCUUUUUGGUAAUGACAAACGUGUUUUUUAAGAAAAAAAAAAAAAGGCCUGGUUUUUCUCAAUACACCUUUAACGGUUUUUAAAUUGUUUCAUAUCUGGUCAAGUUGAGAUUUUUAAGAACUUCAUUUUUAAUUUGUAAUAAAGUUUACAACUUGAUUUUUUCAAAAAAGUCAACAAACUGCAAGCACCUGUUAAUAAAGGUCUUAAAUAAUAA